AUGACAAAGACCAUCCUCGUAACGGGCUGCUCAGCAGGAGGCAUCGGUGCCGCCCUGGCACAGGCCCUUGCCGACCAAGGCCACCACGUCUUCGCCACAGCCCGCAAUCCGUCCAAGAUCCCUCCCGAGCUCCGCACCUUAUCCAAUGUCUCGUCGCUGGCUCUCGAUGUCUCGUCCUCGGCUUCAGUCGCCGACGCUGCCAAAGCGGUGCGCGAAGUUGGCAAGGGGUUGGACGUGCUCGUCAAUAAUGCCGGCGCGGGCUACACCAUGCCCGUGCUGGACGUGGAUAUUGACCAGGCGAAGUGGUUAUAUGAGGCGAAUGUCUGGGGGCCAGUGCGGACAAUCCAGGCGUUUGCGGACCUUCUCAUCGCGAGCAAGGGUCGCAUCGUCAAUGUGAGCAGCGUCGGCGCGGUAGUCAACACGCCCUGGAUCGCGUCUUACGCCUCGUCCAAAGCCGCAUUGAACAGCAUCUCGGAGACGCUGCGCCUCGAACUCACCCCCUUCGGCGUCACUGUUGCGACUGUAUAUCUGGGAACGGUAGCGACUUCGUUUCACGCAAAUGAACCAGCACCGGAGCUUCCACCUGGAUCGCUCUACGCGAGCAUCCUCGACACGAUAACGAAAUGGGCAAAGGGAGAAGCCGGCCCCAAGGGUGGCCCGAUUAAGGAUCUAGUCGACUCUGUUGUUCCUGACGUCCUAGGCGAAAAGGGUGGCAUUGUAUGGAGAGGUCCGAACAGCGGCGCUGUCAGAUUUCUCUCCAGAUGGAUGCCCAUGUGGCUGCUGGAUAGCAUGAUGUCGAAUGGCCAGGGCCUAGACGAGCUAUCCAAGAACCUCAAGCCCAAAGGCGAUUAG